CGCCAACAUUUUUCUUCUCGCCUCCCACUAUGAUGCGCCCCGUCCUCACUUGCGCUCUCCGCGCCUCCACUCGUCCUGUAUCGCGCACCUCCACUCUCAUCUUCACGCGUCACGCGCACGGACCAGCACAAGAAACCUUUGACCAGUUCUCCCAACGCUAUGUCACCUUUUUCCAAAACGCCGAAGACCUCUUUGAACUCCAACGUGGUCUCAACAACUGUUUCGCUCACGACCUUGUUCCUUCUCCACAAGUCAUUGAAGCCGCGGUUCGUGCUGCUAGGAGGGUCAAUGAUUAUGCCACUACUGUGAGGAUUUUCGAGGGAAUCAAAGAGAAGGUGGAGAAUGUCUCUCAGUAUCAGGCGUACCUGGAGGAGUUGAAGGGAUUGAGAGAGGAACUGGGCAUUUCAUUGAGGGAAGAACUGUAUCCCGACGCUUCAUAGUUUUUUAAAAAGCCAACGGUCAUUUCCAUAAAACGUAUACCAUCAUAGAAUUAUUAUUAAAUUGAACAUGUUUUUCAAUUCCCCCUGGUCGAUUGUCCGUUCUCGCAUGUGCAGCGCAC